AUGGUGAAGCUUUUGGAGGUUUACCAGAUGCAGGAGACCUACAACCCUGAGGACUGCAUUUUACCUGCUGUGUUACCUGUGAGAAAUAUGAGUGCUCGAGUAAGAUCAAGAUCUAGAGGAAAGAGAGAUGGAAAAAAGCCUUCUAAGCUGGAUGAACCUGGGGUUGCUAAGCAACCAGGUAAAAAAACACUGCAAAAAGAGGAACCACCAACUGAGGAUCUGGACAUUGAGCCUGGACAAGAGAGAGAAGAAGGAGCAUGUGGGGUUCAAGAACUUGAAUUGAAAGCUGAAAGCCAGGAAAAGGGUCUGGAAAAGACGGGGGGUGAGCUUGGAGAUGGCCCUGAUGUGAAAGGGAAGACUCCACCUAACGUAACACUUGCUAAAAUUCAAGAAGCAGGCUUUGUUAUCAAGGUUAUUCUGGCUUCAGAAAUGUGA